AGAACAUAUCAAGAGCCAUGGAGCAUGACCUUUCAACCGUGACGGGAACAUUUAGAGUUGAAGACUGUGGCUCAAACAGAAAUAAAAUAUUUGCUAUUUACUGUAUAGUAUUUAGCGAAAUGACUGAAAGUCAACUGCGGCGCAAUAUCUCCCAAGUUUUGAACAAUUUCCAGGAAUUGCUUAACUUAGGAGUUAAGAAAAGCCACAUGAAAUUCAUUGAUGAAAUGGUUUGUGAUGAAAGCACAACAUCAACUAACAAUCGAGCUUUCUCUUGGCCAAUGACAAAAAUAGGAACUACUGCGGAGAUCCCAUGUCAUGGAAAUGUAGCCACCAGGCAUUGUUCUUCCAGAACGAUGGGGCAUCCAGAAAUGGCAUCAAGUCAAAACCUGUCAUCACAAAAGUGUUCACCGUUUACUGGUAUCUGGCAAGAACCAGACAUGUCUCAAUGUUACAAUGCAGAACAGAGCAAAGGCAUUGAUGAUGGCUGGACCAAAUCCUUCGCAUUUCGUUUGAUUUUAAAAUCUUUCAACGAAUAUAAAAAACCUGCUGAGAACAUAUCAAGAGCCAUGGAGCAUGAGUUUUUAACGUGACUGGAAAAUUCCGAGUUGAAUAUCCUGGUGUUCAAAGUCAACUGCGGCGCAAUAUCUCCCAAGUUUUGAACAAUUCCAGGCAUUGCUCAACAUGAAUUUGCUUGAUGAAAGUUCAAGUACUGGUAAUGGAACAGAGGAUAGAACAGCAGA